GUCCGUUAACCGGGCAGGACAAAGCUAGGGAUGACCUGGUUCUGGAGGGAUCAUGGAUGGAUAAAUGAUCAAUGAUUAAAAUAAGAAUAGGAAGAAUUAUCAAAAAAAAUAGUAUACUAAAUGGAAAUCUAAUAAAUAAUGCGGCCUCGUUUUGCUGCAGCCUUCAUCCCCCUUUCGACGCUAGAGCCAGCCUCAUGCAUAUCGCAUCGCAACCAGCAGCCAAAGCAGCCAGAAUCAUCGGUCAAUCAUCGAGCUGUUCGCUGCUUGUACCCGAUCCUCUCUCUGUUGUCUUGCUUCAACCUCCUCUUCCUCCUCGUUUCAUUCGCUUUUAACCCCUCCUUUAUCAUCCUCCCUCCCCAUUCCUUGUGUGCCGCGUUUUGCUUUCCUUCUCUUUCCCUCGUUUCCUUCUUCCCUUCCUUUCAGUCUAAUUCGGGGGGUUGAACAAACUAUGGUUCUGGCCUUUCCUUUAUCACCAUCUGCAACCCCUUUGCAGUCCCGCAGAAGA